AUGGAGAAUCUGUAAAACGCGUAAAACAGUCCAAUUGCAACAUAUUAAUUAUUCAUUAAGCGAUCAUUAACAAGAUAAAUCAACAAUCAGAAAGUGUUACCUGUUUUUGGAUGUAAAAUUAACUUAUAAUCACCUCGAAUGCAACAUCACCACAUCAAUUUGCAACAAUCUCCUAAACAGAUCUAAACCAUCAAAUCUCAUUCUAUAAAUCCUGAUUUGAUUACUGCCAGAAAUCUUCCUAAAAACGAUUCUUCGUAUCACUAUCAUAUUGAUGAAAUCACAAUAAGGAAAAACCCAAAGAAAUUUAAGUUCGAUAAUUCAUUAACUAAUUCUAAUCUAUUUUAAACAAAAUCGAAACCUUACAAAGUCAAUUAAAAUGUUGUACUCCCUUAAUUAUCAACUACCUUGAAAAUUCAGAAAUAACUCACUUCUAAAAUUAAUAUAACAGAACCAUCGAUAUCAGAAGAACUACAACCUUGGGAAUAAAGCAAAACUUCUAUUCCAUAUUUUUGA